AAGUCAUGUGCCAUUCACAUUCAGAUGGUCCUGUGAUCCUGGAGAGUCCUGCCUAUCCUUUGUUGGAGGGAGAUAAUGUGACCCUGCUCUGUAAAAAGAAGCAUGCACACCCCAAUUUCACUGCUGAAUUCUUUAAAAAUGGUGCCUUCAUUGGGAUUGGUUCAACAGGAAAGAUGAUGAACCCCAUUGUCUCCAAGUCUGAUGAAGGGUUCUACAAAUGUAGCAUUUCUAAGACUGAAGAAUCACCAGAGAGCUGGCUAGCUGUUGGAAGAGCUGAUGCUCCACCUCAGGUGCUUCGCUUAGACCUCUACCUUGUGUUCGGCAUUGGUUUCUGUAUUUUAAUGGUGAUUAUUUUGGUCCUUCUGACUGGAGUAUUUCAACAUCAGAAACAUCAACAGACCACCAGACGUCACAUAGCAGAAACUUCUUUGACACCAAGGGCCAGCGUAACUAAUUCUACCCAGGCGAUGCGUACCCUCAUCACAAGAAGCAAAGUUGAUGAAAGAAGGUCAUGAUAUCUGACAAUAACCACACCAGAAACCCAGAUACAAAAAUGUAUGCAGCUGAGGACCCUCACUUCAACAUGUAGGUUGUUUGAAGGCUGUGAAGUACCAUAAUGAAUGUGCACAUAAGAUAUAUUUUUAACUGGUGGUCACAUGCUCAGCCACUUGACAGCUUAAGUUGUGUGUCUGCAAGUGAAAUAAAAAAAGACUAGAAGUUUUUAAAUUUGGUACCUUAUUUUAUUUUAUUCAUAAUUGCAUUUCAUAAAUGAACAAAUCGUAUUAGCGUAAAUAAUGUAGAAGAGCAACAAUGUAUAAAUCAUGUGUUGUUUCAAAUAUAAUUCCCAGAAUGCUUCAGGUUUCAUUUAAAAGAAAAAGAAAAAAAGAAUAUUUUGAAAUUUAAUUUGUACUCAAAAGAGAAUCAACCCUAGCAGGCAUGUUCAUGAAGGUACCAACUCAGUUUUAACAGAAGAGGAUUUGAAACACUUCUUUUGUACAACCCAAAGCCACAAAUGAAGGAUACAUUAGUCUCUAAUGCUCUUUUUUGAAUUUU